AUAUAUUAAAAAGGAAAAAAAAACACGGCGUUUCAUUUUUUUCCUCCCAUUAUUUUUAAUUAAUUAUUCCAGGCGAUGAGAUGAGAAAGAGGCAAUCAGGACCUGGUGAUGGCGUUUUGUUUCGGACCUUUCUAGGACUCUCCGAUAACCGGACCCGCUAGCACCCGGCGUCAGCUUUUGGACCGGCUUUUUCCUCUUCUCUUCCUCGGGCCACGGUUUUUGCUAAGGUUACUUCGAUGGUGACCAAUGAUUAUAUUACCAUGAACGGGAACGGGUCUAGCAAGAGGGCAGAAGAGUUCAUCAAGAGGUACCACAAACUCGAGGUUAAAGAAAAUCAGUGCAGCUCUUCGCUCGUUAAACACAUCAAAGCUCCUGUUCACCUGGUUUGGUCAUUAGUUAGGAGGUUUGAUCAACCGCAGAAGUACAAACCAUUUGUUAGCAGGUGUGUUGUGCAGGGGGACCUUCAGGUUGGAAGUGUUAGAGAAGUAAAUGUUAAGUCAGGUUUGCCGGCGACAACUAGCACUGAAAGGUUAGAGUAUCUAGAUGAUGAUGAGCACAUCUUGAGCAUGACAAUUGUCGGAGGAGAUCACAGGUUGAAGAACUACUCAUCCAUUGUUACAGUCCAUCCUGAGGUCAUUGAUGGCAGACCAGGAACGUUGGUGAUCGAGUCUUUUGUGGUGGAUGUACCGGAUGGGAACACCAAGGAUGAAACAUGCUACUUCGUUGAGGCACUGAUCAAGUGCAACCUCAAGUCAUUGGCUGAUGUUUCAGAGCGUUUGGCUGUUCAGGAUCGCACCGAGCCAAUCAAAAGAAUGUGAAUAAUCUGGGUCCCUCUUAGCAGCAUCAAGGUUGUUGUGUGUGUGAAUAAUCUGGGUCCCUCUUAGGAGCAUCAAGGUUGUUGUGUGUGAUGAGUGAAGAACUGUUAUUAUUAGAAGCUGAGUAGACGGUUCGGGCUACCUUGGGUUAGAGUCAACUCCUAUUUUCUUAAUACUUCAUGCAUCCUCUUCUUACUAGAACAUUAUAAUUAGGUGUGUUGUGUUGAUAGUAGCUGACAAUUAAGCUACACCUUCGGCCUACAGAUUUCUUAAAUGAAGAAACAUUUCAGAAA